CUCAGCCAAUACCCUGGUGCUUGGCUCACAAAGGCUAGAGCAACGCACAUCUAUGCUCGAGCUCUGGACAUACAGGCUGGCUUGGACUCCGGUCCUGUCGUGCCAACGCCAAGAGGCUCAGAAAGCGAGCCCUGGUAACCACCACUCACCAUGGCCAGCCAGUUCUGCCUUCCUCUGGCCCCACGCCUCUCCCCCCUUAAACCUCUGAAAUCCCACUUCACAGACUUUCAGGUGGGCAUCUGUGUGGCGAUCCAGCGCAGUGACAAAAGGAUUCACCUGGCUGUGGUCACAGAGAUCAACAGAGAAAACUCCUGGGUCACAGUAGAGUGGGUUGAGAAAGGAGUCAAAAAAGGAAAGAAGAUCGAACUGGAGACCGUACUUCUGUUGAAUCCAGCUCUGGCCUCUACUGAACACCAACGGUCACGUAGGCCCCUGCGCCCGGUGUCUGUAAUACCUACGACCGCCAUUGGAGACCAGCGAACAGCCACCAAGUGGAUUGCAAUGAUUCCCCACAGAAAUGAAACACCCUCAGGGGACAGCCAAACCCUGGUGGUCCCCAGCAACCCUUGUCUGAUGAAGCGGAAAAAAUCCCCCUGCCUACGGGAAAUUGAAAAGCUGCAGAAGCAGAGAGAGAAGCGCCGGCGACUGCAGCUAGAGAUCCGAGCUAGACGAGCCCUUGACAUCAACACUGGUAAUCCGAACUUUGAGACUAUGCGCAUGAUUGAGGAGUACCGCAGGCAUCUAGACUGCAGCAAGAUGUCCAGCCCGGAGCCCCCAGAAGACCACCGGAUCUGUGUGUGUGUGAGGAAGCGUCCUCUUAAUGAAAGAGAGACCACCAUGAAGGACCUAGAUAUCAUCACUAUUCCCUCGCAUAACGUGGUCAUGGUGCACGAGUCUAAACAAAAGGUGGACCUGACCCGCUACUUGGAAAACCAGACCUUCUGUUUUGACCAUGCCUUCGACGACAAGGCAUCCAAUGAAUUAGUUUACCAGUUCACCGCCCGGCCUCUUGUGGAGUCCAUCUUCCGAAAGGGCAUGGCCACUUGCUUUGCUUACGGGCAGACUGGCAGUGGAAAAACCCACACAAUGGGUGGAACCUUUUCAGGAAAGGCCCAAGAUUGUUCUAAAGGCAUUUACGCUCUGGUAGCUCAGGAUGUCUUCCUCCUACUAAAAACCCCCGCCUAUCAGAAACUGGAACUCAAAGUCUAUGGGACAUUUUUUGAGAUCUAUGGUGGCAAAGUGUUCGAUCUGUUGAACUGGAAGAAGAAGCUGCAAGUCCUGGAAGAUGGAAAUCAGCAAGUACAAGUGGUGGGGCUGCAAGAGCAGGAGGUGAGCUGUGUGGACGAAGUCCUCAAUCUGGUGGAGCUCGGAAACAGCUGUCGGACUUCCGGUCAGACCUCGGUCAACGCCCACUCCUCCAGGAGCCAUGCUGUGUUCCAGCUCAUCCUGAAGUCCGGAGGGAAACUGCAUGGCAAGUUUUCCCUCGUUGACUUAGCUGGGAAUGAAAGAGGAGCAGAUACUGCCAAGGCCACCCGGAAGAGGCAGCUAGAAGGGGCUGAGAUAAAUAAGAGUCUGCUAGCCCUGAAAGAGUGCAUCAGGGCUUUGGGUAAGAACAAGUCUCAUACCCCAUUCAGAGCCAGCAAACUCACGCAGGUGCUCCGGGACUCCUUCAUAGGGCAGAACUCCUAUACGUGCAUGAUCGCUACAAUCUCACCCGGGAUGACUUCCUGUGAAAAUACCCUCAAUACUUUAAGAUAUGCAAACAGAGUCAAAGAAUUAGCUUUAGAGGCAAGGUCCUACCAUCAUUGCCUCUCUCCAACCAGUCAUGAAGUACCACUAAUGAUAGAAAAUGGCAAUCCUAAUUCGGAAAAGUCCCUUCGGAGGAAUGAUGUUAUUCAGAUACCUACUGUACAGAAAGAGGAAGAGAAAGAAAGUGAUGAGCUCACAUUAACAAAGGAGCCAGCAGCUUCAUGGAGCAGGUCCAACCAAUGGUGGCAGGCCAUCCAAGAAACGGCUGAAGGAGUCAAUGGUGAUGUGGAUUUUUGCAUUGCGCAGUCUUUGUCCAUUUUGGAGGAGAAAAUUAGUGUGCUGACUGAUAUCCAAAAGAAGCUCCAAUUACUACGAGAUGACCUCCAAAAGAAAAGCCAAGUUGAGUGAUAGCAACGACCAGACAUCAGGAAUGAAAUCUUGGAUACAGUUCUGACGUUUCUACCUCUUGUUACAGUAAUUUGUCCAAAUUAUCUAAGCAUAAAGGUCCCCUGGAGAGCUCACAACUUAAAGCAUCCUGGUCAAAAAUGUGGUCUUCUCUUCUGCCUCUGUAUUUCCGUAGUUUGCUUUCAUUCUGUGUGUCACUGGGUUACAUCCUAUGAGGCUUUUCCCUACCCUUAUCCCUACUGACAGUGGUGUUAAGAAAUAUUUUGAUUGUUAUAACUGGGGUAGGGAGAUGCUGACAUAACUUGGGUCACCAGAGAGCUUGCUAAAUAGUCUAUAAUUCGAGACUACUUCCCACACAAAUAAUUACCUGUUUGUUUGAAAAUUAAAAUAGCCCUGAGGUUGAGACACCCAGAUGUUAAAAAAAAAAAAAAAAAAAAAAAAAAAAAGCAGCUGCAAUGAAAAAUUAGACUUACCUUUAUAGCUGGCAAAGCAAAAGGCUGUGUGAACUAAAGAGAGGGGUAUGAAAACAUGAAGAAGCAGGAGAUGAAGCAAGAGUCAUUCAGAUACUCAGCACUAAAUCUUUCUCUGUUGCAUGGUUACAUGGAUUCAGAUGGCUUCUGGGAUUAAGUAUUUCUGAGAGGAAAAAAAGGAAAUAAACUCUCAGAGAAUGCGUUUGAGAGCCUAGAACUGAGAAGGUUUGGUUAUCAUAACACUUAAGUUGUAAUAACUAUACUGUUAUCCCUGAAUCGUGUGUGUGUGUGUGUGUGUGUGUGCAUGUGCGCGCCCACAUGCGCUGCAGCACAUAUAUACCUGUGCAGUUGUGUCUGCGUAGGGAAUUUUGAUUGAUAUCUUUAAUCUUUCACACAUUAUUGUAUUUUUUCACUGUCAUGCUUUGUGAAAAGGAAUUCUGAUUUCAAAUUGGGGCAAGAGACAGGAAGCAAGAAAAUUCUCAUAUAAAGUACUAUAGAGCUCACAACAGCUUAGAGCAUACACAAAGGUUGUGAGAAAAUGUAAUGCCUUGGGUGAAUUAGCUAUGGAGACUUUUUUAGAUGUUAGGGUCAAGAAGACUUGUUUAAAAGGAAAAAUGUUCAUCUAAUAUGAGAAUGGAAAUAUAAUAACACAUAAAAAUAAUGCCCUAUUAUCAACAAACAUCUACAACAUAAUAGGAUAUUUUUAUCUCCAAGUAUGUCAAUUUGAAAAUCAUUCUGAAAGAACAAAAAUGAUUUAUUUACACAGAAAAUAAUAAGACAAACCCAGGAAACUGGUGGACAUAGAAAGGUAGCCUAUAAAUUCUGGAGGCACAUUUAACAACAAAAAAUAGCUUAUUAUUUCGAACUCUAGUAUAUAAAGGCCCAAGAUGAAGUAAAACAGUUACACAUAAGGUGACGGACCACACAGUAAUGGAAUACUAGUAUCCUGUGAAGAACAGUGAGAGUGAAGCAGGAUCACCCUGGACAUUCAGUCUUCAGUAAUUCAGUUAAUUUACGUAUGUUUCACUAUCUUGAUUGAUUUCUUCAGAUGAAAUUAUACAUUAUUAUUAAAGCAAUUUCAAA